UCGCUAACUCGUCUCUCUCUCUUCUCUUCUCUCCUUCGUCAGGUACCUCCUGAAGGCGCUGGAGAUGUUCUGGCACGAGGACUGUCUCAAGUGCGGCUGCUGUGACUGCCGCCUGGGGGAGGUCGGGUCCACCCUCUUCACCAAGGGCAACCUCAUCCUGUGCAGGAGAGAUUACCUCAGACUCUUCGGGACGACUGGGUACUGCUCCGCCUGUUCCAAGGUCAUCCCCGCCUUCGAAAUGGUCAUGCGGGCCAGGAACAACGUCUACCACCUCGAGUGCUUCGCCUGCCAACAGUGCAAUCACAGAUUCUGCGUGGGCGACAAGUUCUACCUGUGCGACAACAAGAUCCUGUGCGAGUACGACUACGAAGAACGACUCGUCUUCGCCUCCAUGGCCUGCACGCCCUCGAGCCUGGCUCAGCUCAAGAGGCAGAUCGGAGGACUGGAGACCCACACCGGUCUAGACGACGUCCCCAAGCCAGUCGUCUCCAACGCCAACGGCGCCCCCACCGCCGCCAACAACUCCAACAACAACAACAACAAUGGCGGCAUCUCCAACAACAACAACGCGGGUCCCCUCCACCACCAGGGCAACCCUCUCCACCACCAUCACCACCAACAGCAGCAGCAGGCAGCUCAACAACAGCAGGCGGCUCCUCCACCAUCUCUCCAACCCCAGCAGGGCUCAACAGCACAGCAUUUACAGCAGCAACAGCAGCAGGCACCCCCUCCCCCACCCACGCAGCAACAGCAACGUCAGAUCGUCACGUGAUUAGCCAACAACUGUGGUGCGAGAUUCAGGUCACAAUUCAAUACCUUCUGGAAACCUAAGCCUAUGUGACUAUCAAAUGGUCUCACUCUACAUAUUAUUCUAGUCAGUAUGGCGAGAAUCGCGUCACAUGAAUGUGGGUAUGUGCUUGUGUGGGUAUGUGACGAAGCCACAUUAAUGUAUGUUGAUUUAAGGUCACGUAACGGUUUCUGUAAACCUGUUUAUGUGACUGUCAAAUGGUCUCAAUUAUACAUAUUCUAGUCAGUAACGCGAGAGUCUUGUCACAUGAAUGUAUAAGUGCGUAUGUCACUUAUGUGAUCAAGUCACAUUGAUGUAUAGAGAUAUAUAUUGAUAUAUUCAUCUGAAACUGAAAGCUUAAUUAAGCUACCAUAGGCCUAACGCCCAAAUAUCAGGCUUAACUGUUAAAACGACUAGGCCUAUGCAGGUCUUUUGUAAUUGCUUUAAAAUCAUGCAAUAAUUAUUUAACCGCUAUCAAUUCGACCAGUCGCAUAACUCACAUGGAUAAAAUGGGGAAGAUUAUGUGUAAUGGGCAAUCACUCCGUCACAAGAUCUAGAGAGAAUUUUGUACAGUUUCAAAUUGAAUGUGAACUUACGAUUAAAUGUGCCAGAUGGUUUUUUUAAUCAUGCGAAUACGCAGCCCUAAUGUGAAUGGCUACUUUAAUGUAUGACGUCAUAAUGUGGUAAGUUGUUUGAAUACAAGACUAAAUCAUCAUGUGUGUUUUGAAUCAAUGUGAUAAUAAGUCAGCCGUUCUGAGGCGAUCAGCUGAUUAUUAUUAUUAUUAUUAUUAUUAUUAUUAUUAUUAUUAUUAUUAUUAUUAUUAUUAUUAUUAUAUUGUAUGAC